AUGGUCGGGUCGUUCGGGUCGGUCCGGUCCAUCAUCGUCACCUUCCUCUUCCGCUACAUCCAGAUACUCACCAAGAGGCUGUCGGACCAGUCCAUCAUCGCCACCUUCGUCUUCUGCUGUAACAUGAUCCGGCAGAACUGCCCGAAGCAGCUCCGCCGCUACAUCGAGAAACUCACCGAGAGGCUGUCCGGAUUCUUGAAUCCGGACAUCCAGGUCUUGAUCCACGAGUACGCUGGAAGUCAUCUCCGGCACCACGAGGCCUACGGCCUCGUAGCUGCGUACUUGAGCGAGAAAUUGCCGGACGCCAAACGGCUCAAGGCCCUGAUGACGAACGAGAACAAGGUGAUGCUGAGCAUGGAACAGUACGAGAACACGACGGACGUGUUCAACGGAGUCGAGGUGAAAUGGAUCUCCGGGAAGGUUCCUUCCCGGGCCACCGGGGCCUUGUACUACCCGGAGCCCGAGCAGAGGUACUACAAGCUCAAGUUCGACAAGUGCUACAAGAAGAUGAUGACGGAGGAUUACCUGCAGCAUGUCUUUAAGAGAGGGAGAGAGAUUCGGGCCGCAAACAGGCCGCGGAGGCUCUACACGAAUGGCAAGUCUACCACCUGGAGUUAUAUCGUGUUCGAGCAUCCAGCCAAGUUCGCGACUCUGGCAAUGGAGCCGGAGAAGAAGGAGGAGAUCGUGGAGGAUCUGCUGACUUUCAUAAAGAGUAAAGAUUACUAUGCAAGAAUCGGCAAGGCGUGGAAAAGGGGUUAUCUGCUGUAUGGCCCUCCCGGAACAGGAAAAUCUACGAUGAUCGCAGCCAUGGCUAACUUACUCAGCUAUGAUGUCUAUGAUCUCGAGCUUACCUCAGUGAAGGACAACACAGAGCUCAGGAAGCUUUUGAUACACACGACUGCUAAAUCAAUCAUCGUGAUAGAGGAUAUCGAUUGCUCCCUCAACUUAACAGGCCAGAGGGAGAAGAAAGAGGAGAAACCUGCAGGGGAGAAGCCUGGAAAAGUAGAAAAAAAGACUUCUCCUUGUAAGGAGAAGAAUGAGAAGGAAGAGAGUGACAGCAAGGUCACUCUCUCAGGCCUGCUGAAUUUCAUAGACGGCCUCUGGUCUGCUUGUGCAGGGGAGAGAUUAAUCGUAUUCACAACAAAUCACGUGGAUAAGCUCGACCCAGCUCUUACAAGAAGGGGCCGGAUGGACAAACAUAUCGAGCUAUCUUACUGCAAAUACGAAGGAUUUAAAGUGCUCGCGAAGAAUUACCUGGAACUUGAAGCACAUCCAUUGUUCCAGUCCAUCGAGGAGCUGAUCCAGGAGGUCGAGAUAUCACCUGCUGAUGUUGCGGAAAACCUCAUGCCAAAAUCUGCAAAAGAUGGUCCAGAGCAAAGCCUUCGAAAUCUCAUAUGCAUUCUUGAGGAAACAAAGAACAGCAAGUGCACAGAAGUUAAAGAUGCAGAGAUCAACCACAGUGCAGCUGCUAUUUAGUCGGUAGGUAAUAGUAAACGACAUAGGACUCACAGUAGUUAUCUAUCUAGACAUAAGGCAUCAUUUUGACACUUUAACACAUAGAUGUUAACCAGAGAAAUAUAACACUGAGCCACAGAGUUUAAUAAAAAGCGAAUACUUUUGUUGCAAAUAUUAGUUAAGCUAUUGUACAACGUCUCGAUCAGAAGAGUAAGAACUCCCAACAGAACUUCUCAUCCGUGCCUUUUCUUUCUUAAAAGUGAAAACAUAAUGUAGAACCGACUUAAUCUACACACCAU